AUGUAUGAAAAAAUUGUCCAGCCGCUUGAUGGCCAUAGCAUCACUGGCGAGUACAUCCCUGCUCUUCAUGGAUUUGGUGGAAACGUUCAGGCAAGUCUCCCGGAACUGAGCUUCCCCAUCGACGCUCGCGUCCUGGCUACGCUCAACCAGCCGUCUUCGGAGUUCCAGUACAACAACGACACGGUGGGCGGGGACCAAAUUGUGCUCGGUGUGGGCUAUGUCCAGAACAGCUCCAGGGAGGGGACGCGCAGCAGCGCCUACACCGGAUACUACCUCGCUGCGGCCGCGAGGCAGAACUUCGUCAUUCUAACUUCGGCGACCGUUUUGAAGCUCGUUCAGACUGGAACGACCGCAAAUGGGCUCAAGUCGUUUCGGAGCGUACAGUACGCCCAUGGGACUUUGACAUUGACAGUGACUGCGACUCGAGAAGUCAUUCUUUCCGCAGGGGCUAUCAACACGCCGCAGAUCCUCCAGCUCUCUGGAAUCGGAAAUGCAGUUGACUUGCGAAAACUGAACAUAACCGUUUUAAUCAACAAUCCAGCAGUGGGGAGCAACCUUUAUGACCACACACUCCUUCCCAACAUCUUCGUUGUCCAAGAUGCAGUGGCCAACCAGACAUUUGACGAUUUAUUGCGAAACCAGGCCCAGAUAGAAGAUCAAGUUAAUCUCUGGAUCGCUAAUAGAACUGGCCUUUUUAUCAAUAAUAUUGUAAACCACUUUGGCUUUUCCUGGAUUAUGUUGGACCCAGGGGAAGAAGACCCUGCACCGGGUCCCAACUCGCCCCACUACGAGAUGAUUUUUGCUAAUCUUUUUUUCGAAAAGCCUGGGCCCUUUAGACCAGACGAAGGCAGCUAUUUUACGGUUGGAACUAUGCUAACUAGCCCAGAGUCCACUGGGACCGUUAAACUUGCCAGUGAAGAUCCAUUGGCCCCGCCGAUCAUCGACCCCAGAUACCUCACUGAGGUGUUUGACAUUAUAGCAAUGCGAGAGUCCGUCAAAGCCGUAUUGCGCUUUACAGCGGCGCCUGCAUGGAGCGACUGGAUCGCCGGGCGCUUCGGCGCUGCAUUCCAAAAUGCCACGGACGACGCGUCGAUCGACGCCUACGUUCGCACUCUCACAAUAUCUGACAUGAACCUCGUCGGCACUGCGUCCAUGUCGAUGGUCGAUGACCCCUCCGGCGUUGUUGGCCCCGACUUGCUGGUACACUGUGCGCAUGCCGUUACGAGAAGGCGCAAUGAGUGUAAUGAAGUUCAUAAUCUGGAAGAAUUCAAGUGGAAACGAUGA